UGAUGCUGUGCUCUGAACAGUGGCUCCACCUCUGAAGAGUGGCUCCACCUCACUGUGAUCCAGUUUAAUUGACUUAUCUCAUAAUGUGGAGGCUGAUUUCCUCCGCUGCUCACAGGCAGAGCAUCGCUGUUUUUCCUGAACUCCUCAGCUGCUCACACAGCAUAUGUAUCUCUGUGUAGGCCAGGACCAAGAUCAAGAAGAAUACUGCAACCAGAGUAGAGGAGGCAGCUCCCUAGGUUGAAGCUGUGUGUCAACAGCCCUGGAAGGGGCAUUUUGAUAUAGCUCAAAAAAAUCACCAACACCACUAACAAUGGGGAACACCAAGAGCGGAGCUGUGUCUAAAGAGAUCCUGGAGGAACUAAAACUCAACACCAAGUUCUCAGAGACUGAGAUUGUCCAGUGGUAUGAAAACUUCAAAAGGCAGUGUCCAACAGGACGCAUCUCGAAAGAAGAGUUUCAGGACAUCUACAGCAAGUUCUUCCCAGAUGGUGAUGCCCAAACGUAUGCCCAGCAUGUCUUUCGCUCCUUUGACACAAACGCCGAUGGCACACUGGACUUCAAGGAAUACAUUAUUGCUCUCCAUAUGACGUCAACAGGGAAGACCAACAAGAAACUGGAGUGGGCCUUCUCAUUGUUUGACGUAGACAAAAACGGAUACAUCACCAAGUCAGAGGUUAGGGAAAUCUGCACGGCGAUUUUCAAGCUGAUUCCUAGAAAUGAACUGUCUGCACUGCCUAACGAUGAAAACACAGCUGAGAAAAGGGCAGAUAAACUCUGGAGGUUCAUUGCCAAGGGUGAUAAUGAACGAGUGGCUGAAGAAGAAUUUAUCCAGGGUGUGUUGGACAAUGAAGUGGCUCUUCGUUUGAUUCAGACUUUAAAGUAACUCUUCUACAAAGUCAUUGUGUCUCAUUCCAGUCCUGUCUUUCCAAUGCUAUCCUUCAUGUAACGCUAAGGCAAAGACACCUGACAAGCACUUUCACAAAAUGUGAACACGCCACAGGAAUUCCUACUUGACUUCUGUCUACUAUUUAAUAUCCCCUCAUACAGACUAAAUGACACUUUCCCACAGCUAAAUAAAAUGCUUUAAGGUUUAAGGCAAAACACUUACAGUAUUUCUCAGUGUUUAGUUUGCGUUUCUUGAGAAAAUCAAAUUACAAACAUGUCUUCUACGAACUCAAGCACACAUUUUGAUAUGAUAACAUGUCAUUAACACAAAAUAUUGACGUUUUUUUUCUCUACUUGGCAGUCAACGCUGCUCCUGUUAGUGUCUCUUAUUUUACCCUGCAAUGUUUUUUAAAACCCGGACUAAGUGCAGAAUGUACGUGGGUCCUUCUUAUUGUCUAAUUUUGUGUCUUUCACUGUU